AUGCCGUCGUUUUCACUCUUGCCACAGCCAAAAUCGUUUCACAAGAAGAAGAACUACGUGCUCAAGGAAGAACUAGGCAGUGGCUCGUUUGGAAAGGUCAUCCGAGCGACCUGGACGAAGCCGCUCGACGCGGACUCUAAUAAUUCCGCAAACAAUUCGACAGCUACAAAUGGUGGAGUGAGAAAGUCGAGCACAGGGAUAUGUGCCUCUACAAGCACGUUGGAGAAGGAAAGGAGCAGCGUUGGACUCGCUGCGCAGAAUGUUCGCCCGGGCGAAUCGCGAGACGUCGCCCUCAAAGUGAUCCCGAAGAAAAAGGUCAAGCACAACGAAGACUCAGUGUGGGGCGAGAUGAAUGUACUGAAAGGACUUGACCAUCCGAACAUCGUCAAGUUUUACGAGUGGUUCGAGUCCCGAGACAAGUACUAUCUAUCGUUUGAACUCGCGACGGGGGGCGAGCUCUUUGAGCGGGUAACACGUCAGGGCAAGUUCACCGAGAAGGAUGCCCAAAACGUCGUUCGUAGCAUGCUUCAGGGCGUCAAGUAUCUUCAUGAGCAUGACAUUGUCCACCGCGACUUGAAGCCGGAGAACAUUCUCUACCGCACAAAGGCGUCCGAUAGCGACAUUGUCAUUGCAGACUUUGGAAUCGCCAAGCACUUACAUGGCCCAGACCAGCAGCUCCUAAGCGUGGCCGGAUCCUUUGGAUACGUGGCACCAGAAGUUCUCGCACAGAAGGGACACGGAAAGCCAGUAGAUAUCUGGAGUACAGGGAUCAUUACGUAUGUUCUUCUGUGUGGCUAUUCGCCCUUUCGCUCGGAGAAGCCGCAAGAACUGUUCGAAGAGACGCUUAAUGCCAGAAUCCAGUUCCACGAUCGGUACUGGAAGAAUAUCUCGCAAGAAGCCAAGUCGUUUAUCCUCUCCCUCCUCAGACUCGACCCUGCCGAUAGACCGACAGUUCAAGAGGCACUCAAGGACCCCUGGCUGAGCGCCGAAGUCUCGACAGACCACGACUUGUCGGCUGCGUUGCGCGAAAACUUUUCGCCGCGUGCGAAAUGGCGCAGUGCGAUUGAUGCCGUCCGUGCCGCUGGACGGCUCUCUGCGUUGGCGAAUGCCCAUAGAAACUCGGGCAGCUCGUCAAGUUCGAGCACAGCUCUUUCUGGGAGGAUGAAGAGUGACGACAGUACGCUCACCGUGGAUAGCGGUGGGUGGAAGUCGACGUUUACGGACGAUAGUCGUAAGGGCACGGAGAUAAGGGACGGCAAGACGACGAGCGAUGAAGAGGAAGGAGAGGAAGAUGGUGGUGUUGGCAUGGAGUGGGAGAUUAAGCCUCACCAUCACCAUCAUCAUCACCAUCAUUCCAAGAAUGAGACCGCUACUACGACAUCACCAACGACAACAGCGACGAUGCCUCCUCCGCCACCCGUGACGGUAAAGAGCCAAGCAGAGUCUGUCAAGGCAGAAGUAGCCAAGUCACACGCGAGGCGGGAGAGUGACGAUAGUGACGAUGUCCAUAAUCGGAUUCCCGGCGCGUAUAUCUGGGACGCCGUCAAGAAGGCGCUCGACUAA